AUGGAGCGGCCAGAGAAGCUCUUCCUUUACACGAUUCGCCGCAAGUUCCCUGUGAUCGGCGUGUGGCCGGUCGAGUUGGAACCGGCGAUGGCCGGAUCCCCGCCUCCUGGCGAAGGAGGAUGGACGUACCGCGAUAAAGAGCCUCCUCCAGGCUAUGACGGGACCGAUCCCCAGAGCAAGUUCAAGGCCUAUCUCCGUGACUUAGAAUUAUGGCAAGCUUGCACCGAUGUGCCGCCACUCAAAUUGGUCCAAGUUCUUUCGGGGGCAGCCAAAGCCGCCGUCGAUACGCUCACUGUGAAGGAGAUCAAGGGAGUCGACGGCUUUGCCAAUGUCCUGAAGAAGCUGAAGGAGGCGUUCGAGCCGUACGUGGAGACGGCUCUCCCGAGGGCCAUGGAAGGAGCUUUCUAUGGCCAGCCGCGGGGCCACAAGGAGAGCAUGAGCGAGUUUCUCAUUCGCUUCCAGCGGGCGCAAGCGGUGCUCAAGGACGAAGGGGUCACGCUGCCCGUGAAAGCUGCAGGCUACCUGUUGUUUCGCCAGGCCAAUAGCUCGAGGAGGCUGGAGCAGGUGCACACAGAGGGCGGUCGGAAAACCUAUCUGGCCGAAGAAGGCGAUCAGGGCGAGGACCGCUACGACACCGUGCCGGCCGACAGCUUCCUAGGGGAGGCAACCGAAGAAGAAGAAGAGGACGACGAGAACUGGGUCUACCUCAAGGACGGCCACCUAGACCAGGUUCUGGAGGAAGACGAUGUGCUGGAAGCGCUGGCCACCUACCAGCAAGUCCUUGCGGCAGAUCAAG